CUGUCUGAAACGGAUCUGUCUGUCGAAAAUGGGCCUGGAACUCCCUCCUGUGUUGGGAUUAGGUCUUGGGGGACCUGGGGUGGAGUUACAGUGCUUGCCUAUUUUCAUAUUCAUUAGAAAUGGGAGGUUGCAUAAGGAUCCCUGCUGAGCUUCAAGAUAUAAAAGCAACUUCGGGUUCCCCCUUUCAAGACAAGACAAAUCAAAGGUUCAGAGGCAAAACAGCUCCCUGAGCUCUGAACGUCUUUCUGUCCCUCCUUCCUUCCCUCCUAUCCACUCACCCACUCUCCCUCCCCUGCUCACAGUCCAGCCUCUGUCUAGGGAAGAGGCUCUCAAGUAGCCUUAGAUGAUUAUGGAUUUUCUGAGCGAGAAGUUUGCCCUGAAGAGUCAGCCGAGCAAAAACAGUGACUUUUACAUGGGAGCAGGAGGCACUUUGGAGCACGUUAUGGAAACUUUGGACAAUGAGUCCUUUUAUAGCAAAUCAUCAGGCAGCAAAUGUGUGCAGGCCUUCAACCCUCUGCAAAGGGCUGAGCAUCAUGUGAGGCUGGACAGGACAUCACCCUGCCAGGACAAUAACGUGAACUAUGGGAUUACUAAAGUGGAAGGACAGCCUCUUCACGCAGAGCUGAGCAGGCCCUUGGACAAUUGCAACAAUCUCAGGAUGUCUCCGGUGAAAGGGAUGCAGGAGAAGGGGGAACUGGAUGAACUUGGUGAUAAGUGUGACAGCAAUGUCUCCAGCAGUAAGAAGAGGAGACACAGAACAACUUUCACCAGUUUGCAGCUGGAGGAACUGGAGAAAGUAUUCCAAAAAACUCAUUACCCCGAUGUCUAUGUAAGAGAACAACUAGCUCUGAGAACAGAGCUCACUGAGGCCAGAGUCCAGGUUUGGUUCCAGAAUCGAAGAGCAAAAUGGAGGAAAAGAGAACGUUACGGUCAGAUCCAGCAAGCUAAGAGUCAUUUUGCUGCCACUUAUGAUAUAUCUGUUCUUCCAAGGACUGACAGCUACCCUCAGAUUCAGAACAAUCUGUGGACAGGGAAUGCGGCUAGUGGUUCUGUGGUUACUUCCUGCAUGCUACCACGAGAUACUUCCUCCUGUAUGACACCUUAUUCCCAUUCACCCCGGACAGAUUCUGGCUACACAGGCUUUUCAAACCACCAGAACCAGUUCAGCCAUGUGCCCCUCAAUAACUUUUUCACUGACUCUUUACUUUCUGGGACAACCAAUGGACAUGCUUUUGAAACCAAGCCGGAAUUUGAAAGGAGGUCCUCCAGCAUUGCAGUUCUACGGAUGAAAGCCAAAGAGCAUGCUGCCAAUAUUUCCUGGGCCAUGUAAAAUAGCAGUAACUUUUGGUUUUGUUUUUACUUUUUUUUUUUUUUUUUGGUGGGGGGGGGGGGGGGGCGGGUGCUUUUUUGUUUUUGUUUUUGUUUAUAGCAAACUGAAAACAUUUUAAUUUUGCAUAUUUAAAGGACACAACAAUAAGCUGCUGUGUGUGGAAUGCUAGAAAUCACAAUAUACAUGGUCUACUUAAAACAAAACAAAACAAAACAACAAUAUAGUAUUUAACAAUAAAACUUAAGAAUAAACCAAAUAGAUCUACCAUGCACCAAGCUCAACAAACCCUCUUUUUUUAUAUAUAUAUAUAUAUAUAUAGAAACAUGUUUUGUUGUACCAGUUGAUGAAAUAUGAUUAUAGAAACUCAAAAAAGAAUAAACCUAUUAAGCAAACUUGUCUAUUCCAUUGGUUUUUAUCAGUCCUGUAUACAAAAUUAAUACUUUACAAAUAAAUACUCCAUCAGGGAAGAACUCUGUAAUGGAAAAUAAAUUUAUUAGACAAAAUCCAUGAAGUAAAUCUCUAAGCACACCAUGCAGAGAAGGAUCAUUUUGAUUAUGAUCAUUUUGAUUAUGAUCAUUUAUGUUGUAGGUGAAAUUUGUAGACC